AUGCCAGUGGAGUCAGAGGAUGCCUCCAUCGUCACCGGAGCACAGCUAGAAGUGAUCAACCAGGGCUUCAAGAAGAUACUGUUCCUCCGGCUGCACUUCUCCAAAGUCGUGAACGCCUACCCUGUCAGGCAGCCCGAGUGGGAGGGGUCCCCUAACCUGAUCCAGAAGUCGGGUCUCAUCUCGACGCUCAUCAGCACACACUUCUCCACUGCGGUGCAGAAGCCUAUGCCCCGGCCCUCCGACGUGAACAUCAACUCCGACGCGAACAUCAACUCGGCGGUGUACCCCAGUUCCCCGCAAGCGCCCGUGCAGCCACCGAAGCUGCUCAAGUUUGUGGACAGGACGGAGAUGGCCCGAGUGCCACAGGACCUGCCGGGGUACUGGGUGGUGUCGGCCGCCAAACUGCACCUUGAGAGGGGCACGAUAUCCCUGCGGGUGCGCUACUCGCUCCUGAAGUCCUUGCCGCCCGACGAUGAGGAGUACGCGCUUGACUAG